GACACGGAAUCCCACUGGCACAGAGUCUUCCGUACUUUCACCCAAUAUUCGCCGCAUGCGAGCGUAGAACAUGAUAUUGUGUCUGCUUUUCUUGUCUUUAAAAACUAAUCAAGUUAGGUAGACGGAUACCAACUUUUUUUGCAGGGAUGUUAAGUUUAGCGGGCAAUUGUCGUGAAACCCAGGUUGAAGCUGUACCUGUCUGAAUAUAGGUACUUUGCAACAUUGACGGCACAGGAUUUCAGCAGAGUGCGGUCCACAUUGAAAGUAUGAUCGCGUGGUACCCGCGAUCCAAGGCUGCUGUCAGCCUCUUUCAUGGUGGCUUGAAUUGUUUGCCCGGCCAUUCUGCUCAACAUCUUCCCCUUACCGUCCGUAUACCAUCUUCAUAAUUCUGCAUUUAUACAGGUGGUCACUAUGCGAGUCAUGAACUUCAACGUUGGCUCGGAUAGGACCUCUUCGCCCUCCUCGUUUACCUCUACUUCGAGACCAUCAUCACCUGCGCUCUCCGUAGAGGACUUCCUCUCUUCCAUGGCUUCUCCUUCGGAUGUGCGGGUCACGCCCGAUGAAGUAUCGUCCGCCGUCUCCUCCGGAACAGUUUCCCCCCAAAAGCUCUUCAUGCAGCCCGAUCCAUACCUGGUCCCCGCCGGUCAUACAGUUCGCUAUGCUCAGUCGCAUCCGGACGAUGCAUUUAGUCUUGCUCAAGCGCAGAUGCAGAGAGCGAUGAUGCUUCAAGCUCUGGCGGCCCAAGCUGGUCACCCUCCCCAAACCUUUCCUAUACCCCCGACGCUGUCCAUGCCCAUCUUGUCAAACCCUCUUCUCGAUCAGCGUGCUGGAAUUAUGGCGUUUCCAACCUCCGGCUCGAGAAAAUCUGUUAGAGCAUUAAUGCGCAAGGAGGGCCAUCCAAGAAUUCGAGUUGAGCAAGCAUGCGAGAAAUGUCGUAAGAGAAAAGUCAAAUGCACAGGUGCUCGUCCUACUUGCGCUCGUUGUGAUAAUAGAGGAAUCACUUGCGUAUAUGCGCCGGAGAAAGAGACUGCGUCCUUCAGGUCGUUACGUGGCGUGGAGAAGUCUCGCAUGUCACGGUCUAAUCGAUCUCCGCUUUACCACACAGGCGUUGGACUUGCAGGGCUUCAACAUGCUCAGUACUUCGACUCUGUACAUGCACUCGCUGCCGCACAGUAUUUUGCAUACUCAGGCUCGCCGGGGACUGUACUACCCAAUAUCGCGGUUGCUUCCGAAGAGUCCCUGCAAACUCCAAUGCCUCUUCAGCGACCGACGGGCGGCUCUCGUGGAGGAUCACUUUUGAAUUUACUGAAUCCCAUGCCGCUUCCGCCGGGCCUCGCCAUGAUGAUGAACAACACUGGAGGCACUACGAGUGCUGCUAGUAUGCAAUUUCAUGGCGGACCAAACGACCCAGCACCUCAUCAGCCUCUGGACGCUUCCUCGUUUGCCACAAGUGACAGUCAGCCUCCCCUUUUCAUGACUGUCGGUAAUUCGAUGAGUUCUUCGUCUUCGUCUCCUCCUGUUUCUGUCAGAUCCUCUCCAGCUGUUUGGCCUGCCGAACCGCCUCUCCUUUCUGCUACGAACUCCCUUUCAAUAUCUCGUUUGUCGUCGUCUUCGCUAUCCGAGUCAGUGUCCUCUUCCAUUGGCGAACAUCAAGGUGUUGGCCUGGAACAACCAGCACCCCAGACUGGCAUAAACGGUGACAUGAUUUGGAUGGAGAGCAGAAGCAACGUGAGCUCCGAUAGCGAUAACUCUUCGCUGGUCGCAAUUUCCGAGGUUCAACAUGGAUCAGAGUCCAACACAUCCAACGAAUCCUUCAGCUUUGCGCCUUUUUCGGCGGUCUCAAGCGCGUCCAACCUCUCCUCCGCAUCGUCACUUGCAGCCUAUCCGCCAUCCUCAAAUCCUGGCUCUACUGAUUCAUCAUUUAGUAGCUCUGUUGCAACCAGCUCCUACUCCUCAGAACCUCCGGCCAACGUAUCAACGACAAGCGCUGCCGAGUUGGAAGCCUUACUCGCGAAUCUUCUUACCCACAGCAAUGAGUCGGACGUGGCUUUGACCUCUAAUCUUGCGGAUAAGUCCGACAUUCCUUCUGCGCUUUCAAAUGCUCCAUCUCAGGAGUCGAGCUUGUCUAAAGCCGUACGUGCCGCUCUUGGUGACAUACCUCCUCCAGUUAUCGCGAGCUCAGGCACUUUCCACCACCUUGCAUUCACUGGGGGCCUUGCGCCUUCGAAUUCCCUAUCUGACAUGAAUUUACCUGAGCCGGGUUCUCUCACUGGAAGCGAAGAAAUGGAUGUCUUCGAAGAGCUCAAUCAAAGUGGUGCCCUCUAUGUAAACGCAAGCAUCGAUAGUCUCUUCGGCUUUCCUUCCCCCUAUGCAGAGUUGGAUUCUCUUCGACCUCAGACCGACACCUCGUUGCCAGUUGAGGACCUCGAGGGUUAUCCUCUGUUGUCUUGUACGCGUACUUCGUCAGCUACCACAGCCGACUCGGAACUUCUGCCUACACCUACGGAAGAUACUGCGCUCAUGGGAGAGUGGUUGGACCUUGAUGAAAAUGGAAAGAAUGAACGUAGGGCUUCGACGAAUAUGCUCAAGGCACAGGAAAUGGACCCAGUGCUGGUGAAUGAAGACAUGAUGCUGGUGGACGUUGAAUAAGCGUUACAGCUUCCUCUCGGUGUGUGCGGUUUUAAUAUCAUUUAUACAUAUAUCUACCUAUACCACAUGUGCUCUCCAUAUAUUCUGUAUGUAGCCUUCUAUGCUUACACUUUGGGCGAAGUAGUCUAGAAACUGAGUUGUGAAAGUGCUAGCUAUUAUAGUUCACG